AUGGUAAUGACAAGGAGUCAACAGGAGAACGCAACCGAUUACCCUUUCGGGAUGCCCCGAGACACCCCCAGGCGACAAAUUAACCAGAAUGAGGAAGGAAUGGAAGAAUCGUAUGUGGACCGGACCCAGCAACCUAACCCGUCCUCGGCCAUCGAACAACUGAAAGCCGAAAUGAUGGAACUCAAGAGGCUCCGAGAAAAGGAUGCCCACGAAUUAUCAGUCUUGAGAAGAGAAAACGCCGAACUCAGAAGUGACAACCGAUCUUGGCACCCAUCUCAUGACAUUCCUAACACACAAUCCACCCGGGAUCAUGAGGAUUCAUCAGGAUGGUACAGGGAAGCAAGGGAUCCAAAGCCCCCAGCUGGAGUUACAACUGCUACCCUUGAUCAGCAACGCCGACAAGGGAGGACACCAUUCACCCUGGACAUCGCCGGAGCCCGCUUACCCGAUAAUUGGAAAAACUUGGCCUUGGAGAAGUAUGACGGCACUACCAAUCCUGAGGAACACCUUGACGCGUUCGUCACUCAGGUCAGUCUGUACACCGAUGAUGAUGCGAUCAUGUGUAAAGUUUUCCCUACUUCGUUGAAAGGACCAGCACUCAAUUGGUUCGCGAGACUCCCUCCUGGAUCGAUCGAUUCGUUCAUGACCUUAUCAUCCCGUUUCGUGAUACAAUUCGCCACGAGUCGCCCUCACCAACUCACUUCAAUCGCGUUAGUCAACAUACGUCAAGAAAAGAAGGAACCCCUCAGAACAUUCAUGGAAAGAUUCGGGAAAAUGACUUUGUCCAUCCGGGAUCUGGAUCCCGCGGUGGCCAUGCACCACCUCACCACGACACUGAGGCCGGGUCCUUUCGUGAAUAGCUUAUGCAAGAAGCCACCCAGAGACUUGGACGAUCUUAGACAAAGAGCCACCAAGUACAUGCAGAUGGAAGAAUUGGCCGAGUUUCGAAACCAGAACCGGUCCGACCUCUUCCUCGGAAAGAAAGAAGUCGAGAAAGAACUCCCAAGGCCCCGCCCCCGGGACCUGCCCGAUAGAGAAAGAAGCAACAGAGGGCCCCGAUAUAUGCAAUAUACGCCGCUCAACACCAGCCGGACCAAGGUGUUAGAGCAGGCACUGGCAACCGAAAUACUCACAGUACCUCGUCGUGCUAUGACUCCGCCCCACGCGGAUAAAACCAAGACAUGCCAGUUUCACAGGAACCGGGGACACACCACGGAGGAAUGCAUAGCUCUUCGAGAUCGCAUUGAAGACCUCGUUAAGUCGGGUCAUCUCCAAAAUUUCACCCAAUCCUCAAGUAGGAGGAGACAUGACGAAACCCACGAGAAGAGAAGAGGAAACCGUGAAAGGGUACCCCCGAGGCACCGAUCCAGGGAACGAAGCAGAACUCCAGAGAGAGAAAAUGGGCAGCAGGGCCGAAGUCAACCCAGAAGGGUCAUAAACACCAUUGCCGGAGGAUUCGCGGGAGGAGGAAGCACAUCCUCGGCUCGCAAGAGACAUUUAAGAGCAAUCAAGUCGGUGAAUGCCGUAGGGAGGGCAACUCCCAUCCACAUGCCCCCUAUUACAUUCACCAAUCGCGAUUUCAAAGGAGUGGACCCAGUACAAGAUGAUCCAAUGGUCAUUAGCGUAGAGAUUAACAACUGCGUCGUUAAGAAGACGUUAGUGGAUCAAGGAAGUUCGGCCGAUAUCUUAUACUAG